ACAGCAAGUGGGUUCAAUGGUCAUACACGGCAUCCUGUGAUAAUUAGAAUGCUCCUUGAAAUUCACCAUUUCUCUUGUCCCCUUGUCUUUGUUCCUGCUUUCAUUCAUAUUGCCAUCUGCAUCAAUCGUGUAACCCAUGAUUGCUACCAUCUAAAUGUCUCCUUUAGGUUGACCAUCCAAUGGCAUCCUCCUCUAUGUCCCCAAGAUGGAACUAUGACGUGUUCUUGAGCUUUAGAGGCGAGGACACCUAUGAAGGCUUCACGAAUUUCCUCUACGAUGCUUUGUGCCGUCACGGGAUCAACACUUUCCUGGACGACCAGCUUCCCAAAGGGCAGGGCAUCUCUGCAGAGCUCUCGGAGAAGAUUGAAGAAUCCAGGAUCUCCAUUGUCGUGUUCUCAGAAAACUAUGCUUCUUCAGGGUGGUGCUUGGACGAGCUUGUCAAGAUUCUUGAGUGUAAAGAGACAAAGGGUCACAUGGUCAGGCCAAUCUUUUAUAGGGUGGAUCCUUCUGAAUUGCGAAAGCAAACUGGCAAAACAGGGGAUUAUCUAGCCAAACAUGAGGACAAGUUUGGAAAAGAUUCUGAGAGGGUCAUGAAAUGGAGGAAAUCUCUUGAGGAUUUGGCUAAUAUGGCUGGGUGGCACUUCUCAAAUGGGGUUGAAUCAAAGCUCGUUCAGACAAUCGUUCAAGAAGUCUCGAGUAAACUGAAUUGCCCCGCUUUGAAUGUUGCAACUCACCCGGUUGGCAUAGAUGACACGCUAGAUGGAAUUAAUCCAAUUCUUGGAAUUGGUCUGGACGAUGUUCGGAUGAUUGGCUUCUAUGGAAUUGGAGGCAUAGGCAAAUCCACCGUUGCCAAGGCCAUUUACAAUUUACAUGCUGAUGACUUCGAAGGUAGCAGCUUUCUGGCAAAUGUGAAGGAAGUUUCCAGGCAGCAUGGCUUAGUUCAAGUACAAGAAAUGCUCCUUUUCGAGAUAUUAGGGGACUCAAACAUAAAGUUGGGAAAUGCUGAUAGAGGAAUAAACUUGAUAAGCUGGAGGCUUUGCUACAAAAAGGUCCUCAUUGUUAUCGAUGAUAUUGAUCAUCUGGACCAGCUGAGGAAAUUGGCGGGGGACAAAAGUGGGUUUGGCUCGGGAAGUAGAAUCAUCAUCACCACCAGAGACAAGCAUUUGCUAGAAGCCCAUGGAGUAGAACACUUUCACGAGGUCAAGAAAUUAAACUUUAUUGACUCAUACAAGCUCUUUUGUUGGAAUGCCUUCAAAUCACCUAAUCCUCCAGAAGAGUUCAAGGAUCUCACAUGUAGUCUACUUGAUUACGCUAAAGGCCUUCCCUUGGCUCUCAUUGUUUUGGGUUCUUUCUUGUGUGGUAGGAAUGUGAGGGAAUGGGAAAGUGCAAUAGCAAGGUUGAAAAGUGUACCUAACCUAGAAUACAAUGAAAUACUGAAAAUUAGCUAUGACGGUCUUGAUGAUCUUGAGAAAGCUAUUUUUCUUGAUAUUGCUUGCUUCUUCAAUGGGGAUGACCAAGAUUAUGUGACGAAAGUCUCUGAUGCUUGUAAGUUCUUUCCUGAUAUUAGAAUUAGAGUUCUACUAGACAAAUCUUUAGUAAGUAUUGAACUCAACAAGUUGUCAAUGCAUGACUUACCGCAAGAGAUGGGGAGGGAAAUUGUACGCACAGAGUCCACGAACAAUCCUAGUGAACGCAGCCGAUUAUGGUACUCGGAAGACAUCAUUGAUGUUCUGACAGAAAAUUUGGGAACAAAUAAAGUGGAAGCCAUAAAACUAGUUUUGCCUGAAACAGAAGAGGUAUACUUGAAUGCCAAAGCCUUCAAAAGGAUGAGAAGGUUCAGAGUGCUCAUAAUUCAUAAUGCAUAUGUAUCAGGAGACUUUGACUAUCUCUCCAACAAUUUGAGAUGCGUUGAUUGGGAGGGAUAUCCCUUACCGUCUCUGCCAGCCAAUUUUCAUCCAAAGAAACUUGUAGGCCUCUUCAUGCCAAACAGCCACAUCAAGGAUUUGGGUCAAGGGUACAGGGUUGAAAACUUACUUCUUUGUAGUUUUCUUCAUUCAUUUUAACAAUGACUUUUGUAGCCAAGCUGAUCCCUUUUUGUCGUUUUUGCUUAUACAGAUUUUUAAGAACUCAAAGCACAUGAGUUUUGAUGGUUCUGGAUUCCUGACAGAGUCCCCUGACUUCUCUGCGCUCCCCAAUCUUGAGUCCUUGA